GCGAAAUAUUGUAUCUGAAGUAACGAAGUUUAUCGAAUAUCCAUUGUUAAAGCAUAGAAAGUGUGGUACAGGAAAAAAUCAGUUGUCAUAUUGUGAACAAAAUAUCCUACGUGAUUGUGGUUGUCGCGAUUGUGGAGGCUAUCUUUGUUCUAAACAAAGAAGAUUUAUGAGAACAGGAAGAGGUUGUCGAAAAGUACCAUUGUGUUGAAUAAUCAGAAAUUUUGCUUCAUUGUUAAGCAUGUGUUCUAUGCAGAGUUUACCUGCAGAUACAACAAUGAAAAAAAUGUAUUCGAUGAACGAUACAUUGAAUGGACACACAAACAUGCAUAGCCCAAAGAAAGAAAACAUGUUUCACAGUGUCCUCAACGCUUUGAACGUACUUUGGGGACAAUUUUCUAAAGUUCCUGCUUCAUUCAUAGCAAGUAUUAAUUAUCCGUUGUCUGUAACAGUUGUAAACAAUGAAAUUUCACACGACUUUUUUAAGAAUCUGACAGGUAAAAGAGAACCAUUAAAUACCGAUAAUGUGUACAUCUCCAAUGGCGAGAUCAAAGAAUCUUUAGAUGUUGUCGAGAGUAUUCAUAAUGAUGUAUUUGAUGAAAAAAAAUCAUACAUAUGCAAAAUUUUUAAUAAAAAUACAAAAGAUAAUUUAAAAUUUAGUUAUGAAUAUAUUGGUAUCAAGAACAAAGAUGCAGAGAGAUCUGAUGAAAAGCAAUCAGUCAUUCAUAAAGAUGCUAGAUGUAAUACAAAUAAUUGUAAUUAUUUAAUAUCACUUCAAAAUUCGAACAAAACAAGUGAGGAGGAAUUGUUUGAAUACAUUUGUUCUGAUAUAAACACGAAGGAAAUGAGUGCUAUGGAAAAUUGUUAUAAUUUUGAAGACACAUACAGUAAGGAUAUGUCCGAUAAAAAACAAUGUUUUAAUUGCAUUAGUAACAGUGUGGAUGAUAAGAUUAUUAUAAAUAAGGAAAACUCUUGUUCAACACCUAGUACAAAUGCAUUAAAUACACAGAUAGUUCAACAAACUGCAGUCCCUAAUUUGUUCACAAAUAUGUUGCAAAAAGUCAUUAGCAGUGUAACAGAUAGAUUUUGUAAAACAGACCUUGUUGAAUCAGACUUGGGUCCAAAACGAUCAUUCUCACCGAGGCAACGGAGGAAACUUAAUAUAGUGGCAAAAGGUCGAGGACGGGGACGAGCAAAGUCGCAGCUUAGGCGUUCUGGAGUCAGCCAAACGAGACACAGAAAGGAACGUACUAAACAUGAUAUUAGAGUAGAUAUAGAAAACGAUUUUAAAUGCUGGCAAGAACUUGAAGAGUAUGAUAUAACAGAAAUUCAGAAAACAGAAGAAUCAGGAAAUUUAUAUUUAGGUGAAGCUACAGUAGAUACUGUACAAUAUAUUAUAGAAGAGACAGUGAGUCCUCUAACAUAUACGUUUGCCAAUGUAGAGCCCAAAAUUCAGAAACAAAAAAUAUGUAGAAACAUUAAUUGUGGUAUAUCUAGAUUUUCUGCAAAAAUGAGAAGUAUACUCGAAUAUCCAGAACAAACAGAUACCUUUGAUCACAAUUUUGUUGAAAACAGAUACGAUUUGCAAAAGAAUACAUUUCGACCACGUUUAAUAUCAGAAAGUUCUAUUGACUCAGAAGAUAGUUACUGCAUAGUAUUUGAGACUGGUUCCGAAGUAACUUGCAAAAGUGAUGUUGAAUAUAGCGAAGACAGUGAAGAGAGCGAUGUAGAUCAAACAAACGAAGAUGAAAAAAUAUUCAAAGAUGAAAUAUCUGUAUCUCCGAUUCAAAAAGUAAAAUUUAAUUUGAAUCCAGUAAUUCAUAUAAUGGUGCAUUGGGACUAUGCAUACCGUGCAGCUCGAAAAGGUCCAUGGGAAGAAAUGGCGAGAGAUAGAGACCGAUUUAGAGGCCGAAUAAAUUCUAUAGAACGUAUUCUUAGUCCUAUAUUAACAGUACAGCACAGAACUCAUAUUUGGCAUGAGCGAUUUACACUUACUGAAUAAAGUUGAUAUUCACCGUUCCUUCAAGGUAACUGUAUCAUUCAAAAUUAAUGUUAUAUAAGAUAGAAGAAGAGAUGAUGUAUUAAAGAAAAAGAAAAUAUGUAUAAUAAGUCUUGUAGGAUGACAAAAUAGGCUGUGAGUUACUAGUGUACGAUGUCUGUGUUAAAUUGCAAUAUAUUCAUUAGUGAUGGAAAUAAAUUUUGUUCUCUGUGAUUAUCUAUAUUGAUCGGUGUACUCUACAUACUUGUUUUCACUACAAAUUUAUAAAUCAAUGCAACAAGUACUAAAUUUUAUAUCCUACUAGACAUGGAAAUUUCAUAUUGGAUCAUUUAAUAUAAUUUGAGAAGAAUGGAAACUUAAGUUAUAUAAGUGUUUCUCUAUUAAUAUUUCUCAAAUAUCUGAUAACUAUUAAUAAAUAGCAUAAGGUAACAGACUAUAUAUAUGUAAAUAAUACAUACAUAUAUAUUCUUGGUUAAAUUAUUUCAUCUUAUUUAUCUAAUCUAUGAAAUAUGAAAUUGAAUUAUAUGUUAGUCACUAAAUAUAUAAAUAGAUAUCAUUUUCAUUGUAUGACAGAAAAAUAAAUUAUCGAAAUUUACUAGUUAUUCAUGUUUCUUAUAUUUAAUAUACAUCAUUUCUUCAUCUGUGCAACUAUUUUGUAAUAAAGUCGGGACUUUUUCAUAACAUUUCCAAUAAUGUAACUAUAAAAUAUGUACAUUUUUUAAAUACGAGAUUAAAUCACAUAAAAUUACACGUAAUUGUAGCAAUUUUGUUACACGUGUAAUAGAGAUUUAAUUCUGUACGAUAUAAUUAAAUCCAUUUCAAGUAGAUAUUAAAUAUUAAGUAUAAAUAUAAAAUGCUUGAUAUAAUUACUCUUUUCUACUAAUUUAAAUAAUAAAAAAUUAGUAAAUGUAAAUCAAAAAUGUCCACUCAAUUUCGUUUUCAAAUACGCAGCUUACGCACAUCUGCCUUAUUUAUUAAUAUGCAUUAUUUAUCUUCCAUCUUUUUAUUAGAAAGAUUUCUUAUCACAAUUUUAUUUAAGAAUCUGAAUAUUUCUUAUGGGUAACUAUUGUAUCGCGAAUAUUGGAAUUAGAAAAAAAUUAUAACAAGGCAAAGUUACAAUAAGUUAGGAAUUGAAAUUCACAAUCAGAUCAAGAUGGUAUAAGAUAAAUUCUAUUUCAGUUUUAAUCAUUAUCUAAUAUCAUAUGUAUUUAUUUGUAUCUAAAUUUUAUUUUUGAUUGUAAUUAUAUUAAAUAUGUAUAGAAGACAUUAACGAAAAUAUUUAAUAAAUAAAUAUUCAACUUAUGUUCAAGUAUAUAUUUGCAUAAAUGAUGCAUAUUUUGUUCAUAAUUCAAUCGAAUGAACAUAAAUUUGUUUUUAAUGCUUUUGAAGAAACGUUAAUUUAUAAGUCUAGUUUCUGUUAAAUUUAAUUUGGACUAGGACAAAGAAAAUUCUUCUUGCUAAACUUGUGUACUGUUAAUAAUAUUUAAAAUCAAUUAGCAAUUAUUCUGCGUGUACAUAACAAAAGUCAAUGAUAUGUGUGACGCUAUACGAAAAAUCUGUAUAAUUAAAUUAUAAUCUACUUUAUAAUAAUCUUUUACUUACACUUAUUUAACAACUUCUUUCCAUUAGUUUAGAAAUUAUUUUAAGUUCUAAUAUGUAACAUUACAAAAAAGGAGACUCUAUCUUCACGUACGUAGUCGCCUAUGUCUAACUUUUAUCAAGGAAAAUUGAAAUAGUAUUUUCAUUUUGGAAAUCAGAGUAACAUUACGUAUGUAUUUAGCAUGUAAAUAUAUGUAUAUAUUCGAUUGAAUAAACACAUUAAUCUCUUUUA